AUGUCUUCACGCACCUUACCCGUCACACCAACUCUCGAAGACAAACACAGCGGGAUCCCGUCCAGGCUGGUUGAUCAGGCGAAGAGAGCAAAAGAGCUGCUAUUCUCAAGGAGAACCAAGACGGAGAAUACUUCGAGCUCGAAGCGAGGGGUUCAACUACCACCAUACACAACUCAAGCAAAGUUCGACGAUGCCAUCGCCGCAUUGAAAGCCGCUGUUGGCGAUCACUGGGUGCACGUCAAUGACGGUGCUUUGGUAGAUGGUUGGUACAUGGAACAUCCCAAUACCCAUGACAGCAAUCAUGUUGCCAACCAAGAUGCUCUCGUUGCGAGCGCGGUGGUGUACCCUUCGACGACUGAAGAGGUCCAAGGCAUCGUCAAAUGGGCCAAUGAGUUCCUGAUACCAAUUCAUCCCAUCUCGAUGGGUCGAAACUUGGGCUACGGCGGCGCUGCACCCCGGGUAUCCGGCUCAGUGGUGGUCGAUCUGGGAAAGCGCAUGAAUAAGGUCCUCAAGAUUGACGGCCAGAACUGCUCAUGUCUUCUGGAGCCCGGAGUUUCGUACUUUGCAUUGUACGAAGCUGUCAAGAAGAGCGGCCACAGUCUCUGGAUCGACUGCCCGGACCUGGGGGGAGGGAGUGUGAUGGGAAAUGCGCUCGACCGAGGUGUCGGAUAUACUCCUUACGGCGACCAUUUCGGCAUGCAUUGUGGUAUGGAAGUGGUCCUCCCCGACGGGACGCUACUCCGGACAGGAAUGGGGGCUCUGCCAGGUGAAGACGACACAGACAAUUUGACGUGGCAAUCAUUCCAGAACGCAUAUGGCCCCGCUAUCGAUGGCAUGUUCAGCCAGUCCAACUAUGGCAUUGUGACCAAGAUGGGGUUCUGGCUUAUGCCUGCCACCGGAAGCCAGUCGUACAUGGUCACGUUCCCUCGCGAGGACGACUUUGAGCAGCUUGUCGACCUGAUAGGGCCGUUGGCUGCGAGCCGCGUGUUCGGCAACGUCCCUCAGAUCAGACACGUCGUUCAAGAGUUGGCGGUCACCGGGAAGCCUCGCAGUCACUUUUGGCCCGAGGGAAGCGACAGAGGUGGACGAAUGCCACGAUCCAUCAUAUCUCGCGAGGCGGCCAAGUUGCCGUGUGGAGAUGUCAGUUGGAUCUUUUAUGGCUGCCAGUACGGCGACGCGGCCACCAUCCAGGCCCAGCUUGAUCUCAUCAAGACCACGUUUGCAAAGAUCAAGGGAUCUAAAUUCUUCCUGCCGUCCGACCUGCCGAAUGACCACUACAUCCACGACCGCGCGAAGGUCAACAUUGGUGAGCCCGUCUUGAAGGAGCUCGACUGGCUGAACUGGCUCCCCAACGGCGGCCAUAUCGCCUGCAGUCCCAUCCUCCCCACAAGCGGUAAACACGCCCGGACGAUGAUGACGAUAGCAGAGAGGCUCUACGCCAAGUGGGGAUUCGAUUCCUUCAGCACGCUCUGUGUCGCGGGAAGAGAGAUGCACUUCAUCGCCGAGAUUGUCUUCGACCGCGAAGAUGCUGACAGCAAACGCCGCGCAGCGUGUCUGAUGAGGGAACUCAUCGACGAAGGCGCCAGGAAGGGAUACGGAGAAUACAGGACGCAUCUUUUGUACAUGGAUCAGGUGGCAGGGACGUACAAAUGGGGCAAUGGCGCCUUGGGUCGGUUCAACGAGACCAUCAAGGACGCCCUGGACCCCAACGGCAUCAUUAGUCCUGGGAGAAAUGGGAUCUGGGGCAAGAGGUGGAGAGAGAAGGGUUGGAAGAGUGGUCAAGUCGGUAUGCCUCGAGAAGUCAAGUUGUGA